UGCCUAUCAACAAGAACUUUUCAAGGGAGCAUGCAUGCAGCCCAUAACCGGCUGGACGGUGAACCACGACGCCUGCCAAUGACACCUUGCGUUGCAAUAGAUUAGAUGCAAACAGGCGAAUUGUUUUCUUUUAUACUACAAUUAUCUUGGGGGCCACACACGGAAAUGAGAGCCCAGCAAGUGUUCGCUCCUUAGCCAGGACAACUAUUUUCUACAUCAUAGAAACACUGCCAGCAGACAGGUAGUCUAUGAAGGAUUCGUAAGAUUAUCAAAACGAGCGGCAGAUAUGGAGGGGCAACAACGCAGGGGUCCGUCCUCCAGACGGUACAUGAGACGGAAGAGGCGGGUCAUGAUGCAUGUGCAGGUGUGUCUGGUGCUCGGAGUCCUUGGGAUCACCUGGGGAGUGUCUGCCCUGACUGACGUGUCUAGGUUACAUCUUGAGUCAUUCCCUGGAGCGUCUCUUGACCAAUCUCAACGCAGGAAGCUUUUGGCUGUCGCCAAUGGCACCCUUGAGAUCAACUGCACUGAGCCAGCCAUUCACCAGUUCCCCACAGACGUCUUCUCCAACAGCCAGAGGAGGCAAGGAGCUGUAGUGCUGCACAUAGUGGCAGCUAUGUACAUGUUUUUCGCGCUGGCAAUCGUGUGCGACGAUUACUUUGUUGUUAGCCUGGAGAAGAUCUGUGAGAAACUGAGCCUUACCGAGGAUGUAGCAGGAGCCACUUUCAUGGCCACAGGAAGCUCUGCGCCGGAGCUUUUUGCUUCUAUAAUAGGUGUUUUCAUAACGCACGGAGAUGUCGGGGUCGGUACUAUCGUCGGCUCGGCUGUUUUCAACAUCCUUUGCAUCGUUGGAGUCUGCAGUCUAUUUGCUGGUCAGGUGGUCCACCUGACUAAGUAUGCCGUUUUUCGUGACUCAUUUUGCUACACAUUGUCUGUUCUGGCCCUCAUGGCAUUUAUCUAUGAUGGACGGAUAAUGUGGUGGGAGAGUUUGGUCCUCGUCUUCAUGUAUGUCGGAUACAUCCUCGUCAUGAAGUUCAACAGCAGUAUUCAACGCUUUUUUACCAGGGGUGGUUCGGUAAAAGCCAUAACCAAUGGCAACGCAGCCUUCAACCCGGAUGACUAUAGUUUCCAUGGCGACGGCAAUGAUCCCACCAAGCGCCUAUUACCAGAGGGACCUGCAAAUAAGAUGACAUCGGGAGAGGAGGGAAACCAUGAACAAGCACUUAACUCACCCUUCAGAGUCCCUGGAAGCCCCAUGGAGAUAUUCAAGUGGCUAGUCUCCUGGCCAAUCCUCUUCCUACUCUUCCUCACUCUCCCUGAUGUCAAUCAACCACGCUGGGAGAAAUAUUACCUGGUUUCCUUUUUUGGCUCUACUGUGUGGAUAGCGGUCUUCUCUUAUGUCAUGGUGUGGAUGGUGACGGUGGUCGGCUUCACCCUGGGCAUCCCAGACGUCAUCAUGGGCAUCACAUUCCUGGCUGCCGGCACCAGUGUCCCGGACUGCAUGGCUAGCCUCCUGGUGGCACGACAAGGCCAGGGUGACAUGGCCGUGUCCAACUCUUUGGGCAGUAACGUCUUCGAUAUCUUGAUUGGCCUAGGAGUUCCCUGGAGCAUCCAGACCCUUGCUGUCAGCAUGGGAUCCCAGGUUCUGAUCAACAGCAGAGGGCUCUUCUACUCUGUGGUGCUACUGCUGGGCUCUGUGACCCUAGCUGUCCUUGGUAUCCAUGUAAACGGAUGGCGCCUUGAUACUCGUCUAGGGGUGUAUGUGCUGCUACUCUAUGUCAUCUUUCUAACCAUCUCCAUUUUAAUAGAAUACAAUGUUUUUACAUUCAUAAACCUGCCCAUGUGUUUAGAAGGAUAAGUGUAUAGGUCUGUGUGUGUGUGUGUGUGUGUGUGUGUGUGUGUGUGUGUGUGUGUGUGUGUGUGUGUGUGUGUGUGUGUGUGUGUGUGUGUGUGUGUGUGUGUGUGUGUGUGUUUGUGGUCCCAGUCAGUCCCUGAUAAAGCUUAUUGUAUCACACACAUCUGAUGUGUGUGUGUGUUUGUGGUCCCAGUCAGUCCCUGAUAAAGCUUAUUGUAUCACACACAUCUGAUGGCCAAAUGUUCUUAUCCAGCUGUUAGGCUACACGUGGAGUAGCUCCAGCCUGCCAAUAUAUAACUCACACUCUGUGUUUGUGUGUUUGUGUUUGUGCGUGCAUGCAUGCUUAUGUGAAUAUUUGUGAAUUUGGCUGAAGAAUUUGACAAUUACUAUGGUGAAUGUUGGUCUGUAUCUUAGCAUUGUAGGGCUCGAUUCGUUAUUUUGUAAUACCAUGACAAUCAAAGGACAUUAUACACAAGAUGUGUAUGAUAGCAUCUGCCAACUGGCUGAAAUUAUUAUAUUAGACUAAAUUUGUAUUCAAAGAAAUUUGAGGUAAUACGAUUACAUGUAUAAAAUAUCCUUCCAGUAUACAUGCUCGAACGUUUAUUUCCGAGUUAAUUUCUGAUCUGUGACGGAUGAAUAAAUAUCAGGUACCCUGGUUUGAAUGCCCUGGUCUGUCCUCUUUAUGCCAAAACACUUUAGGAACUGCUUUACUGAGCAUUUAACACAAUUAUUUUAAAAUACAAGGACAGCAAACUUUCAUUUGUUUAGU